UGGGGGAACGGAGCAAGGCGGCGGAGGAAGCAGCAGCAGCGAUAGCUGCGGCGCCCGAGAACGGAGCCGUCUGGCCAAGCGUCGUCGAGCCGGGGCGCGCGCCUGCGACAGGUGGUCGUCUUGCUUUAGGACGGCUAACUGAAGGGCCCGACCUCUCCGCUGCCCAGCCGAGAGGACCACAACUCGGGUUGCCCGAGCUGCGUCACCCGACCGAUGUAAACAAGCGCCACGGCUCUUACUCCCCUCGUAUUUAGUUCUUCGGGGAUCCGCCGGCUCCGCAGGCGGCUGCGGCUGGCAGGAUCGCUCUGGGCGCCACAGUCCAUUAGACGCCGAACGACAUUCCUCGAGGGAUAGAAGAAGCCACCUGAGGAUGACACCUGGCGGGAACUGGGCCUGACCGGUCUGAAGAGGGGAGGGUCCGGAGAUAUCCGGAUUUUAUCCCAGGAGCGAGAGGGGAGCAGGAGGGAUUGGUCGGAAGCCAAGAGAGGCGGGGAAAGGAGGCGGAGAGAAAGAGACCGGGAACCAUCCCUAAGCAUCCCGUUUCUGGCAGGAGGAGACCCAGCCGAUUCGAGAUCUGAAGUUUGGGAGCGAAGCCGAGAAGGGCGAGGCGCAAUCCCGUCUCCGAGGCGCUUCUUCAAUCCCGCCGCCAGAAUGAUCUCCGACCCGGAGAAAUCCCAAAUGUCUCCGGGAAGACGAGCCUAAUCUGUGGCUGCGUUGGGAGGGCGCCUCUUGGGCUCCUGACUCCCGAGUUAAAACUCCAGGUGCGCGUCGACGGCUGCUCCUUCAGAUCGGGAGAAAGCAGCCUCCGAGGCUCUAGAAACCCAGAGGAAGAUCAUAGUUGCAAACAACAACAACAAACAAACAAACAAAAAACCCUACCCUGAAAUCAGGUCCUGGGGACCAUGGCAAACAUUGCCCACUGAUCCAUAUGACCCCUUGAUCCCUCCUCUCUUGGCCCUCGCGGUGACAUUUCAGAGAGGGUUUUGCAACCCCAAUUGUCAGCUCUAGCUGUCAGUUGGGAUCCUGGCGGUUCCCACACCCUCCAGCUGCGGGGCAGCCUUGAUGCCCAGAGCAGGGGUGACACUGUCCAGAGAUGCCCUGGGAAGUCGUUGGUUUCCUGCUGGUGCUCCUUCAACGGUCCUGGACUCUGCAGAAAGCAGAAUUAUCUGAAUGCUUUAUGGUGAAUGGAGCUGAUUAUCGGGGACUGCAGAAUAGAACUUCUCCUGGAUCCUCUGGGAAGCUUUGCCUUUACUGGAACCAGACACGAGAACAUGCCUACAACACGGCCAAAUAUCCCAAUGGCGAGUGGGGGCUGGGCAGUCACAAUUAUUGCCGAAAUCCGGAUGGUGAUGUACAGCCCUGGUGCUACAUCUCAGAGAAUGAAGAAGGGAUCUACUGGAAGUAUUGUGACAUCCCAACCUGCCAUAUGCCCGGUUAUGUUGGCUGCUUCCUGGAUUCUGGCACUCCCCCAACACUAAGUGGCAGCAGCGGCACCUCCACCAAGCUUACAGUGCAAGUUUGCCUCAGUUUCUGCCGUAAACGAGGCUAUAAGUUUGCUGGAGUGGAAGCUGGUUAUGCCUGUUUCUGUGGCCAUGAAGGGGAUAUCCGGCACAGCCAGCAAGUGAGUGCUGUGGAAUGUGAUCAAGUCUGCUUUGGCAAGUCCAGUGAACUGUGCGGAGGAGAUGGCCGGAUCGGCAUUUACAAUGUCUCCAUGGGGGCCUGUCAGGGGAACUUCAGUGAUCUGUCUGGAGUGAUCUACUCUCCGCAGUUCCCAGAUGACUAUGAGGCCAACAGCAACUGCAGCUGGGUCCUUUAUCCUGCAGGUUAUGAUUCUAUAGAACUCAGCUUCCGGAUCUUUGAUGUGCGUGAUCCAAAUGACCGCCUUGAGGUUCGGGAUGGACACAGCAAUCUUUUACUGGCCCACUUUGAUGGGCGCCGAAGGCCAACUGCACCUCUGCUGUUCCCCACGGACUGUCUUUCUCUCUCCUUCCAAUCAGACCAGUUUCUGCAAGCCCAAGGCUUUGCCAUCUUGUAUCGAGGAUUGAAAGCUUCCUCGGUCAACUUACGGACCCUUCCAGGGGAUGGAUCCCGUCUGACCCCUACCUCUUCUGAUUGGCUGAACUCAACCUGGACCUACAGUGCCAAUGACUCUGCUAUUGGGGUAGGAGCUUGGGUGAUGUACACGGCCACAGGGACCUUCAUCUUAGCCAUCAUCAUUGUCUCAUAUCAUUUGCGCAAGAGGACUUGCCUUUUUGUACAAAAGAAGACGGGGAAUUCUUUAGUCCCAUUUUCCUCCAAAGGGCCACGGAAUCGCUGCCAGUGUCUCGGGGGUGAGGCGUGGGCUGUAGCCUACCGACAUACCCGUGUGGUGAUCUGCACGACACGUGGGGCCCCCCAUCACCGUCCCCUGAACAAUGGGAGUGGAGUUGCCGGGGCAGACGACGAGACAUCCUCCGACUGCUCGUGCCUGUGCCACAGCUAUGAGAACCUUUCUUCCACCAACCAGUCCUCUCUCAAGUCCCUCAUCUCCACCAUCUGAGGAGUUCAGAUCCUGCAGUUUGUGACUUUUACUGCCAGACCUUCCUUGGUUCGUUAGGGACAAAAAGACUGGGGGCCUUGCAGUGUUUAGCCACUCAAGAUGGGCGGCUGUGACUCUAUGACAAGUGGAAGUCGAAGCUUUUAGGCUGAGAACCACAUUCCGGAAAGCCAAAGUUCACUGGGUAGCAAGGCUCCGUAACAAUAUCCCCCACAUCACAGCUUUUUUUGAGGCAGGAAAAGCCUGAGGGAGUAGAGACGCUCUCGCCAUGUCUCCUUGGGGAAGAUAUGUCAGCUUAAUUUAAUCUCAAAGCAGCCUUCAUGGCGCUUGGCAUUUUGUAAAAAGGUCCUGCUGGACAAAGAGGAAUGGUAGAAACUCCCAUCAGACCAGAAAUAUUCCACAAUGGCAUUAUGGCGUAAUGUAGAUCUGUGUGAUGACAUACCUGUUCCUUAUCACUGAUGGAAGGGGGAAAACUUUGGAAGGAAUGGAGGCCUGGGUAUAGUAUGCUUGAUGAAUUUUUGGACACUUGACUAGGGAAAACCGGUUCUCAUGUUGUGGUUGUAUCAUCGGUGAGAUAUUUAGCUGCAAACCCUCCUUGAGACCCAUGGAAACAUUAUUUACUUGGCUUCAGGUAAUUUUGUAGAGACGCCAAAGAACGAGGAAAAGGAAGCUGUCCUUUGCGCCACAGGUACAGGAUGGAUUUUGGAACUCGAAGCCUUCAUUAAAUUAUUUUCAUUUUGCCAAGGAUGCUUCUGUGUUAUAAGUCAUCAGCUCUGUUGGGUUGUAAUUCAGAGCUUGGUACAUUUUCUGCUUUCCUGGACUGAGUAGGAGAUACACUGGAUUGUCCAUUUUUCAUUGAACAUGGCUCAUUUCUGUGAGUAUUUUGCCAUUAGUAGAGGGGGAACCAAGUGAUCUUUGAUAAGAGGACAGGUUCUGGAAGAAAGUGAGGAGCAUUGGUACUUUCUGCUGACUUUUGCUAAUCUGGUUUCAGAUUCCUGGUUUCCUACUGGACCUGCAAUGUGUUUGGGAGGUAAGGUGUGGUGGGGAUGUCCCUAAGGCUCUGAGCCCUGCAGCUGUAGCCAAGGCUUGAAUGGCUAUGCCUCUAUGCUGUUCUUAAAAAAAAAAGGUACAGAAUAUAGGGUGGCAACCAAAAUCCUUAGGAGCCUUGAGCAAUUCCCAAAUAAGGUUGUUGUUAUUUUUUUACAAUGCUGGGAUGAAUUUCAUGAGGAGGAGAAGGU